GGUUGAACCGGCCCACCGGUUCCAUGGAACCGGUUCGCCAAAAGUUACCGUUUAUGACCGUUGAACUAGCCGUUGCAUUUUUCAUUAUAAAUACUCAUCAAUUUCAAUCAUUUUCAUUCACAACUCAUCUCUUCUCCUACUCUCUCUACUUAAUUCUUUAAUUACGCAAUUAUUCUCUUAAUUAAAUAAUUAGUCUUUUAAUUAUUUCUUAAUUUAGUUAGUUACAUAAUUAAUUAUUUAUUUAUUUCUUAAUUCUAUAUUUCUAUUAUUACUUCAAUAUUAUCAAUCAUGUCUUCAUUUUUGAAAAAAAGCCACAAAAAAAGUUACUAAAGUGGCAAAAUCAUUGGGAGGUUCCAGUUCGUCCAAAAGAAAGGCCACUUCUACUCCGUCGGUAUCAACAACACCUUCCAUUAGUAAUUAUAAUUAUGAACAUAAUUAUCCGGAAGGGUACGACCCGGAGUUACAUAAUUAUGCAGAAGAAAUGGAAAGAGAAAUACAAAUUGAUGAAGAAGAAGAACAAGAAGAGGAACCAACGACCCCAAUUGGGAUAAAUAUAUCUCGACAGUCAUCAACAAGAUCACAUGAAGAACAAGGAGAACAACAACAACAAAGACAAGCUCGUGGUAAACGAGUCAAUUUCCAAACUAUCGAUGAAGAUGAACCAGUAAGACAACCUUUUCCGGCAAUGCCACCUCCUAGUGGUAGAGCUGUUUCACAUGUGUGGUCGUAUUUCACAAAAGAACCAACCGAGAAUCCAGAUAUUUUCUUAUGCACUUGUCAAAUUUGUGAAAGUCAAGGAGUAAAGCCCUUAGUUUCAUACAGUUUCGCCAGAGGUGGUGGUACGGGAUCUUUUAACAAACAUUUGGCAAAGAAGCAUGGAAUCACAAAAGAAACUCAUGCAGCAAGCGGGAGCGGGACCACAAGUGGAAGCCGACAGACACAAUGGGACAUUCCCAUCACAGGUAUGCCUUUUAGAUACAAUCGUAAUGACAUGAUUGAUGAAUUUUUUAGGUAUGUAAUUUGUGAUGAAUUUUGUUGCUUCAUUAAUAAUCAUGGCUUUCUAUACUUCAAUCAUGUAUUUGUAGUUCGUUUUGGGGGUUUGAUUAGUGAAACCCUAGGAAUGACUUUGCUCUUCAUUGUUUAG